GUUCUGUGCCUUUUUAAUAAUUCCUGUUCAUUUUCAGAACUAUUGUAAGAGUAAUUGUAGUACACAAUCUUUCAAAAUCCUUCGACGUGCUCAGGUAUGACGUAGACGCGCCUUAGCCUUCCAGAUUCACUAGUAGUUGUAAUACUACUAAGCCUAAUAUUAUAAAUAUUAAUAAUAACAAAACUGUAGUCUCUACUGGAAACUGGAAUUGUACUUGAGAUAGUUGAACAAGUUGAAGUUCGACAAGAUCUCUUAACGUUGAGAGUGAGACUGAGUAAAGGACCGAAGAUGCAUGAUUGGACACAUUUGUGUUGACGUUAAGCCUUAAAAAGUGACAAGUACUGAGUCUUACCUACCUUAUAAUUAUUAUACAAAAUAAAGAGAAAUAUGAAGCUAAAUUGAAAUUUGAGUAAGCAGCAAAGACAAGCUUUUUCAGUUUAGGACUGUUGUCUGCCUGAAAUAAUUUCUAGUCAGUAACAGAGCUCAUCAUUGGACAAAUAUGUUGGAGCCAUCUUCUUCAGAAGAAGAAAGUGACAAUGAAACAAUUGAAGAUGAGAGCUCAGAAACCACUGUACUUUCAGCCUCAGCCACGACUUUAGAACUACCUCGAAGUGGAAGUGUAAGCCGUAGCUUAUCUCCUGCAAGUGUAGCAGAAACAUUAAGUAUUGGGAGUGUUUCUCAGUCACGUUUCAACAACUUAGCUCGGCCAUCAAGUCCAAGCCCUUCUUUAGUUAGUGAUAAAGAAAAGGAUGAUGUCGACCGUGCAGAACAGGAGGAAGAAGAAAGGAAGAAAAGACUUCAACUUUAUGUUUUUGUACUUAGGUGUAUUGCUUACCCAUUUAAUGCUAAGCAACCAACAGAUAUGACUCGGAGACAAACAAAGAUUACAAAACAACAAUUGGAAACUAUUCAAGGUCGUUUCCAGUCAUUCUUGAAAGGUGAAACUCAGAUUGCUGCUGAUGAAGCAUUUCAGAAUGCUGUACAGAGUUAUCUCGAGGUGUUUCUAAAGAGUGAUCGUGUAUUGCGUAUGGUUCAGAGUGGUGCUUGUUCAGCACAUGACUUCCGUGAAGUCUUUAGAAACAACAUUGAAAAACGAGUGAGAAGUCUGCCAGAAAUUGAUGGCCUCAGCAAGGAAACUGUGCUAACUUCAUGGAUGACAAAGUUUGAUGCAAUAUUUCGUGGUGAUGAAGAUACAAGAAAGCAGAGCCGUCUUCAACAGAACAUUGCAUCGGAGCUCAUUUUAAGCAAGGAACAGUUGUAUGAUAUGUUCCAAAGUAUAUUAGGAGUAAAGAAAUUUGAACAUCAACUUCUGUAUAAUGCCCUUCAGCUGGAUUCAGCUGAUGAACAAGCUGCAGCCAUUCGCCGUGAGCUAGAUGGAAGGAUACAGAAGGUUAACGAAAUGGAAAAGAAUCGAAAGUUGAUGCCAAAGUUUGUUCUGAAGGAAAUGGAAAGCUUGUACAUAGAGGAGUUACGAUCAUCAAUCAAUCAGCUGAUGGUCAAUUUAGAGAGCCUACCAGUAUCAAAAGGAAGUGCUGAAGGGAAGUAUGGUCUUCAGAAACUAAAACGGUAUAAUCAUAGUCGUCAAAGCCGCCGCAGAUCUUCUGUUCUAAGGAACCAGGCAUCACUCUCAAAAGAAGGAUUGACAGAAGAUGCUGAAGCUAUGCUAUCAAAACUAGACAUUGUGCUUUCAUUCACCCUUGAGGUAGUCGUUAUGGAAGUGAAAGGACUCAAGUCUCUGGCUUCCAAUAGAAUUGUCUACUGUACAAUGGAGGUUGAAGGUGGAGAAAAACUACAGACUGAUCAUGCAGAAGCUUCAAAACCAAUGUGGGAUACUCAAGGAGAUUUUACAACUACUCAUCCACUCCCUAUUGUGAAAGUAAAGCUUUACACUGAAAGUCCAGGACUGCUUAGCCUUGAUGACAAGGAGCUAGGAAAGGUAAUAAUUAGACCUACUCCUUUGAGCCCUAAAACUCCAGAGUGGCACAGAAUGACUGUUCCUAAAAAUGUCCCAGAUCAAGACUUGCGUAUAAAAAUAGCUGUUAGAAUGGACAAACCUCAAAAUAUGAAGCAUUGUGGAUAUCUCUAUGCACAAGGCAAGCAAGUUUGGAAAAAGUGGAAGAAAAGAUAUUUUGUAUUAGUUCAAGUAUCCCAGUAUACAUUUGCUAUGUGUAGCUACAGAGAAAAGAAAUCCGAACCAACAGAGAUGAUGCAGUUAGAUGGCUACACCGUGGAUUAUGUAGAGCCUGUGCCAGAAUUGGAAGGAGGAAGAUUUUUCUUUAAUGCUGUGAAAGAAGGAGAUAGUGUUUUGUAUGCCAGUGAUGAUGAAAAUGAAUGUCAUUUGUGGGUUAUGGCAAUGUACAGAGCAACUGGUCAGUCUCACAAACCGACUCCUUUAGUACAACCUCUUGCCAGUAAAAACUCAACCAUAUCUAGACUUCAAGGGGAUGUACACAGCACGAGUCUCAGUUUCUUCCAGAACAAUGGUGCUUUGUUAGAUGCGGACAGAGCCAGGAAACAUGGAAUGGAUGAAUUUAUUAUGGCCGACCCAUGCAAAUUUGAUCAUCAUUGUUUAUUUAGAAUGCUUCAGACAUCUAGCUUAGACUUCAGACUGGGUGACCACUACUGUUCCUUGGGGUGGUUUAGCCCUGGUCAAGUAUUUGUUUUAGAUGAGUACACUGCUCGCUACGGUGUACGUAGUUGCUACCGUCACUUGUGUUACUUGAAUGACCUUUUAGAUCGCUCUGAAAAGUCCAUCAUGAUUGAUCCCACUCUAAUCCACUACAGUUUUGCUUUCUGUGCCUCUCAUGUCCAUGGCAAUAGUAUUGCACCACCUGGACAGGUUGCUACUGAUGUAAGACCUGAUGGAAUUGGGACAGUUACAGUAGAAGAAAAAGACUUAUUUCAACAAAUCAAAGAACGGUUGAGAAUUCUUUUAGAGAACCAAAUUACCCACUUCAGGUACUGUUUUCCAUUUGGAAGGCCUGAAGGCUCUCUCAAAGCUACUUUGUCACUUCUGGAAAGGGUCCUUAUGAAAGAUGUUAUGACUCCUGCCGCUCCAGAGGAAGUUCGAGGAGUUAUAAAAAAAUGUUUAGAGAAUGCUGCCUUAGUCAACUACACCCGCAUUUCUGAACAAACAAAAAUUGAAGUUGGAAAUGAACCACCUCCACAGCUUCAAGAGUCCACCACUGAUUUAUCUACUCCUCCCAAUAAGAAACUCGAUGACUUGAUUCACCUUGCAGAACUUUGUGUUGAUCUACUUCAACAGAACAAUGAACAUUACUCAGAGGCCUUUCGAUCGGAUGCGGCAUUUGCAUGGUUUAGUGACUUGCUGGUUGAACAUGCUGAGAUCUUUUGGUCAUUGUUUGCUGUGGAUAUGGACGUUGUGCUUGCGGAGCAGCCACCAGAUACAUGGGACAGUUUCCCUCUAUUCCAGGUGCUAAAUGAUUAUCUAAGAAUAGAUGAGAAUCUUUGCGGUGGUCGAUUUCAUCAACACCUUAGAGAUACAUUUGCUCCUCAAGUUGUGAGAUAUGUUGAUCUUAUGGAGUCCUCCAUAGCCCAGUCUCUUCAUAAAGGUUUUGAGAAGGAAAGAUGGGAACUUAAAGGAAAUGGAUGUGCUACUUCUGAAGAUCUGUUCUGGAAAUUAGAUGCUCUCCAGUCAUUUAUUCAAGAACUUCACUGGCCUGAUGAGGUGUUUGCUAAGCAUCUUGAGCAGAGGCUAAAAUUGAUGGCUUGUGAUAUGAUUGAAUCCUGCAUUAACAGGACUCUUCAAGGUUUUCAGCAAUGGCAGAGAAAGGGCAGUAAAUGGACCAGCACAGACUACAUUGUACCAUCUGAAAUGUGUGCCAUGAUUAAUGUGGUGCUAGAAGCAAAAAACCAAUCAUUGAAAUUGUGCACUGUAGAGGGAGUAGACAUGCACCAGUAUCAUGCCAAGAUUGAUCAACUUGUUGAUAAGACUCUGAAUGAAAUGCAUACAGGAUUGAUAGGCAAGUUGACGAGCAUCUUGGAAGCAACACUAAGUAAGCUGUCCCGAUAUGAUGAGGGAAGCCUUCUUGCCCCAAUUCUUUCUCUUACCUAUAAGCAAGGGAUGUCCAGUUCAGGGCGUGAAGUGGGACAGGCAUAUAUUAACUUUGCUAGAAACAGCAUGGAGCAGCUGAGGCAGAAAGUUGUUGAUGAGCUAUGGGUGUUGAAUGUGUUUGAGCAAUGGUAUGCUUCCCAAAUGACUAUGUUGUGUGCUUGGUUGUCUGAAAGACUGGAUCAUGGACUCCACUCUUUUCAGCUGUCAGCUUUGUCUCAUAUUGCAAAGAAAUUAUUCUCAGAUUUUGAGUUGCAAGGUAUUGAAGAGGAAAAACUGAACUCUAAAGUUUACCAGACCAUUUGUAGUCGACUGCAGCUUGAGGAAGCUGCUGCUUCUGUUUCUGACACAGGAAACAGGGAAAAGGAAGACUCAGAGGACUACCCUGAAACUGGAAUUGAGGAUGAUACGGGUCGUCCAAAAGUAAUGAUUCGAGAAGCAGAGGGAGCAGAAGGAUAUGUCAGUCGUAUUCAGAAUGUCACACAAAAUGUGAUGGGACGUGUCUCAACCUUUAGCAGAGGUAUUGGAGGAUUUGCUAACAAAAUAUCUGGAGGUUUCCUUAAUUUCUAAACUUCAGACCUACAGUGUCUGUGAUAAUCUCUGUUUUGUAUGCGUGUAGGCUGGCAAGUAACUAAAUGUUCUUAAAAUGUGACCAUCAAGUGUGAAUAUGGGAGUGGAAAAGCAGGUAUUUAAUCUCUGAAAAUGUUUUAAGGAAGAGACAAGUAAGAAUUUGUGCUUAUGAAAGAAAUGUGCGAUCAUGAGGAGAAAAGUACAAGUUAGACUUAAAAGUGUCUUUAGCAGUAUUUAUAUUAAUUUAGACGUACAGAAGAUGUGAUUAGAAAAUUAAAGGAUUGUUAUUGCUGUCUCAGAAGCAGAAAAGAUAGUUGUUUAUCACGAUUGUUUAGAAUGAAAAUGGGGAGUCCAAACUUACCAUCCAUGAAAAGUAGAUAGGUGCAUUUUUACUUAGGUCAAUCUGUUGAGUGAAGACUGGAUAAUGAAGAAAGAUUUUCUAUCUUGAAAACUAAAAUAUAUAUAUACAUAUAUAAGCACAAGAAUAACUGAGUGGUGGUAUAACUAGAACAAGGUAAACAAAUAUUAGGUUUAGGAAAAUGUCAUUUCCUAGCAUUAAGUGGCUUAAAACUAUGCAUAAACGAGUAAGUGAGGAUAGUUUUGGGCCCAGCUGAGCUUAAGCUUCGGUUUGUAAUUCUGGAUGAUUAUGCUUUGGUAUAGACUUUUUUCAUUUGCAAGCUGCGACUUUUUUUACUUUCUUAUUUUCAACUCUUUGCUUGCAUGUUAUAAUACCCUCAAAAUCAGUGGAGAAAAUAUAGCUGUACUGUUUUCUUUAUGUAGAUGUGUAAUUUUGAGACUUGUAUGAAUAAAGAUGUUUGUAUUAACUAAUGGUUAUAAGAGAGAAUCCUAAGUUAUGUAGGUUAACUUUCAGAGUUACAUGACUGGAGAUAUAAGAACUGGGGAUUUAUGCAUAGUUCUGACAAAGAAAUGGAAAUGCAUUGAAGAAUAUACAUAAUGAAUUAAGGUCACUUGGAAAUAAUUAUAACUCCCUUUGAUUAGUCAUUCUUGUAUUUUGAGUAGUCAUAUAUUUCAUGGUUUACCUGUGGGUAUUUACAUUUUUAAGGUUGUUCAAUGAUUUUUUAUUUGCUAUAUUCAUCAGAUGUUUUAAGUACCUUGUUGAUAUCUUCACUCUACUAUAUAACAUAAUACAAAUUAUAUAAUCAUGUAAAUCAUGAAAUUGUUUUUUCGUCUUAAUUGAUCUAAUUCUGUCAUUAAUUGUAAGUGGAAAUAAAUGUAAACUAAUUGUGACAUAUAUGGAGUGUAAUAAUUUGUAUAAGCACUCUAUAAUAAUGAUGAUGAUCUUCAAGUGUUGGUGAAGAUAUACGUAGAAAUACUUUUGGUAGUGGACAGCAGAGUCACCAUUCCAGUGUCGAGUUGAGCAGAUGUUGAUAGAGGUCCCAAAAACAACGAAUUCCCAUUUCUAAAUAGUUAUAAAUGUUGUUAGUUAAAGGGAUAUGCUCAUAUAGGCACAUCAGUGUGGUGUGAAUUGUUUAGUAGAUUUUCAGCUCUUAAAGGCUUUUUUCCUUAAAUAUCAAUAUAAGAAUGUUUGUUUUGUGUACAUGCAUGUAUCCAUAUUCCUAAUCAAUUUUAAUUUCUACUUUGUUGGUGGUUGUUGUGUAAAUUUCAAGGAAGUUUUAAUAUUGUGUGUGUGUAGUUUCAAAUCAGUAUUAUUGGUUAAACAGUUUUCUGUUUGAAAAUGUUAGUGGUUAAAUUUCACUAGUUUAAACUGAAAUGUUUAUGUGAAACCUAUAGUUACUAUUUGCAAAAUAAAUUCCAGACUAAAGCAUGUAUAGUCCCUAGAAAAUCAAAUUUUAAUAUCAGAUCUAGUCAAUCCUUGAAAAUCAAAUGUGUUCAAAAACCUAAAAGUUGUAUAGUCAUUUGAAAACCAGAUUCUCAGAUCUUUCUAGUCACUCUUUGAAAAUCAAAUGUGUUCAAAAACCUAAAAGCUAUAUAUUUAUUAGAAAAUCAGAUUGUUAGUGUAUAUCAAGUUUUUAGAUGCCUUUUAUGCUUUUAUAAAAAUUAGUGUGUGCAAAAAUCCAGAAUUUUGUUUCUCAUUUUCAAAUUGUGAAAAAUAAUUUAUAAAGGUUUGUGAAUCUUGUGGUUAGUGUGUAGAACUUAAUGGCAAAGUUCUGAAGCAUUUUAAAGACUUGUCAAGUUACUUGAUGGUGAAUAUGUUCAAUAAAAUACUUCUCUUUUAGUGUAAAAAC